AUUAUUAAAAUUAGGACAACACAUUUAAUUGAACGACGUCGCGCAAGAAGUGCUGAAAGGUGUGAGUUAUUCAUUUUCGACGGCACCUUUGUUGAUUCGCUGAUAUCACAAUCGACGGCCAACAACUCUCUCAGGUCUGAACCCAUCUCUGUUAGCCCAGGAUACCUAGCCAUUGCCAUAACAGCUGCUUAAGGAGGAAGAAAGGAAGAUGCUAAGGUUAGCCGGGAGGAGGUUCUCAUCUCUACCUCGGAGGUCAUCGCAAGCAACCUUCACUUUCGUGCAUCGAAGCCAUCCUCUUUGUACCGAUGUUCCUGAUGCCGAUGAUUUCGCUUCUUCCAGAUCCGUCCUCGCUCCCUAUCGUUUCUCUUUCACUCGUGAUCUAAUAAGAGGGUUUUCUUCUGAUGCCUUUGCACCAGGACAUGAUCUGGGUAUGAUCACAGAUCUACCAGCUACAGUAGCAGCAGUGAAGAAUCCUACUUCAAAAAUUGUUUAUGAUGAGCACAAUCAUGAGCGUUUUCCACCUGGUGACCCCAGCAAACGUGCAUUUGCCUACUUUGUCUUGACUGGUGGGAGGUUUGUAUAUGCCUCUUUAGUUCGUCUUCUUAUCCUCAAGUUUGUUCUGAGCAUGUCCGCCAGCAAAGAUGUCCUUGCCCUUGCAUCCCUUGAGGUAGACCUCUCCAGCAUUGAGCCUGGGACCACUAUUACGGUCAAGUGGCGAGGGAAGCCAGUUUUCAUCAGGCGACGAACUGAAGAGGAUAUUAAGCUGGCUAACAGUGUUGAUGUUGCCUCUCUCCGUGAUCCUCAGGAGGAUUCAUCCAGGGUUAAGAAUCCAGAAUGGCUUGUGGUAAUUGGGGUUUGCACCCACUUGGGCUGCAUUCCACUGCCUAAUGCUGGCGAUUUUGGUGGCUGGUUUUGCCCAUGCCAUGGUUCACACUAUGACAUCUCUGGCAGGAUCCGCAAGGGACCAGCACCUUACAAUUUAGAAGUUCCCACUUACAGCUUCUUGGAUGAGAACAAGUUACUUAUUGGGUGAGAAUUUAUGCAGGAAUUCUUUUUUGGAGCAUUAGGAUUGUGUCGUAAUAGACAUUGUUCCUUAAACCUGGGAAGCACAUGACAGUUUUGCAAAUUUCAUCAUUUUUAUGUUGGCAUUUAGCUUAAUGCUCUUUCAAUUUGAACAUUGUAUUUUCUACCAUUACUUGACCAGGUUAUAAUUUUCAGAAUAAUACGCCUGGAUGUUGUUGAGCAUCAUCAGUUUAAUUGUAUUAAGAGUUGAAAUUUUUCA